UGAAAGGCCUUUUUACCCAGAGGCUACAGAGUGCAGAGAGUCAAUCGCAGUGCAGCUCUGACGAAGAACGGACGCUUUCUUUUUUAUUUCAAGAUUUUUUAAACUUUUACACACACCACACACUCACAACCCAAAACAGCCAUCACAUUAUUUUUGUUUUCUCUCACAUCCUUUUGGGAAAGCAAAACAGACGGGCACGACAAAAGACAGGCCACCGUUUUGUUUGUUAUUCCGAGUUGUGUUUCGACGACGCCCCGUUCCGAUUUUGUCUCUCAGUGUUUGGUGUGUGUGUGUGUGCACCCAGUGUGUGUGUGAGUUUGGGGGGGAAAGUUGAAGUCUUUUGUGUGUGUGUGUGAUGGUGAAAAUGCCGGCCAUGUCCGAAAUGGCAGAUUGUGGUGACGGAGUGAUUAGCGCCGAUGGAUUGUGGGGUCAACUUCGUGACGCAACAGCUAAUCCGUCGCCGCCGCCGCCACUGGGCGAAGGCGACGUGAUGACUUUGCUGGAUUGUCGCUCGGCCGCCGAUUUCGGCGAGUGUCACAUCCGCCGAGCCGUUCACUUGUCUCUGCCGUCCAUCAUGCUGCGGCGGCUAGCCGGAGGCAAAGUCACCAUCAGCGCCGUUCUCAACAAAUCCAACAAUAAUCCGGCGGAUGGCGGCCCUAAACUACUGCCAGUCCGGACGCCGUUCCUAUCACCACCCACCACCGGAAGUGGGCAGGGGGCCUCGACCAACAAGAAGCAGCAGCAACACACCUUCGUCUUGUGCGGAGGAGGUGGCGAGAUUGUUUCCGUUUUGCGCAAAUCUCUUAUCCAGGAUGGAUGUCCAGUCGUCUGCCUUCAAGGAGGUGUGGAAGAGUUCCGGAACAAGUACCCGGAAUGGUGCGUGACGCGGGAAUCUGAGACGGCCAACCCGAGCGAAGUCCUUCCCAACUUGCGCAUCGGCGGCGAUGCUGGGCUCAGGUCCACGACGGGUGUCGUCCGCCCACUCAGUUUGAACAAUCGCCGGCCGGGCUCGCUCGGUUCCCGGUCCGCUUCUGAUUCAGAAGAAGAGCGUCCCGACUCGUCCUUGGAGUCUGGCGAAAUUCGCGUCGAUGACGAGAACGGAAUCGGAGUCGGCCCGCCGGAAUUUGGUUCCGGCUUCAGUUUGGGGCUGAGCGUUGGACUUCGACUCGGCCUCGAAUCGGAGCCGCUUCCGCCGCUGAUGCUGGACAACGUCACGGCCGACUCGGCAGACAUGGGCGGCCUGGGCGCCGGCCAUUUGGGACUCACCGCCAUGAAUGACAUGGAUCCGCUGGCCGAUCCCGGUUUCCCAGUCGAAAUCCUUCCUCACCUGUUCCUCGGCAACGCCCAAAAUUCCCGCGAUUGUGACGCCCUCGACAAACACCGCAUCCGCUACGUGGUGAAUGUGACGCCGAAUUUGCCCAACGUUUUCGAAGAUUCCGGGACGAUCCAGUACUUGCAAAUUCCAAUCACGGAUCAUUGGAGUCAAAAUCUGGCCAGUUUCUUCCCUUCCGCCAUCGGCUUCAUUGAUGGAGCUCGAGAGCGGCAGGAAGGCGUUCUAGUCCACUGCCUGGCCGGAAUUUCCCGCUCCGUCACCAUCACAGUGGCUUAUUUGAUGUACAAAAUGUCGAUGAGUCUGAACGACGCGUACGACUUUGUGCGCCGAAAAAAGUCCAACAUUUCGCCCAACUUCAACUUUAUGGGCCAGCUGCUGGAUUUUGAGCGACAGCUGAAUCCGCCGAGUCCUCAGCGCUGCACUUGCCAUCUCUCGGCCGGCGACAGCGGCAAUAAGCCGGAAGAUCACGCGGCUCUGAUCCCGUUCACGCGGCUCUCGAUCGAGGAGCCGGAAGACGAGGAAGAGUUACCUCUGUCAGCUGAUCCCACGUCCAUGGGAAUCGAUUCCGGUCUUCCGUCAUCCGUCUCCAUGUCGCCGUGCUCGGCUGAAUCAUCCGUCGCUUCCUCACCAGCCGUGAUCCAUUCUUCUCCCUCAGGCGGUGGCGGCAGCGGAAAUGUCAAGCGCUUGCGCACGCUCGUCUGCCGUUGCCAAGCCUCCCUCUCCCAGUGCCAUUUUACCACCCCGACCACUUUGUAAAAUUUCCAAUAUACCAAAACUCGAUACAACAACACACAUACAUACAGGAAGGCAACACACACACACAGAAAGAAAGGAAAAGUCACCGGAAGCCAACCACACACACACCUUGGUGCAUUUUAAAGAAUCCAGAAAACAAAAAUCUUUUCUCUCCUUGACCACAAUUAAAAACGUUCUUUUUUUAUUAUUUUAUUUCCUAAAACACGCAAGUGAUGAGUAAUUCGCCAUCUGUUGGCCUAGCUUGUCCCCUGUACGGUUUUUUAAUGAUUAUUUUUCAAUGAAAAAGAAGAAUGAAUGCUCUCCAAGGUCGGAUGGGUUUGGCGUGCCUUUAUUUCCCCCCCAUUUGAUUUGUUUUCACUCUUCUAAUUUGGCCAGAGAAAAAAUACCUUACCAACUCUGUGUACGUGUGUUGUCUGUUUUAACUGAUUUCAAUCGUCGUUUAUGUUCGUACUGUUCUACACACCACGCAUAAACACACACACACACACUCUCCGUUUACAUCAGGGACGUCGAUUCGUUCGUUCGUUUUUUUUUAAAAUCAAACUUACACACGCGUUUAGAAUUCUGAUCCUUGUCAAUCUAUUCGUGGCUCAAAUCCUCCCCCCCCCCCCCCGACCUCACUUACUAUUACCCUUUUUAUGAAUUUAAUCCAGCGUCGCUCUUUUUUUUUCAGGUGCCAAAAAAUAAAAAUAAUUAGUAUCGAAGACAGAAUUAUUUUUCCCUCACCUCUGCAUUGUUUCAUCAUCUCUUACCCCACCCCAGAAAUGUUUAUGUACGUGUCAAAACAAAUAUGAUAACCUUACAAAUUGUGCACGAUCCAAGGUGUAUAAUAUAUCGAUUUUCUAUUCAA